AUGCGUGCUACCGUUUUGACACUCCUUGCUGCUGCCACUUUGGCCACCGCUCAAUCUGGCAGCAUCCCCUCCUGUGCCCAGACUUGCAUCUCCCAGGCUCUGCCUGGCAGCUGUAACCUCGACCCCAAAUGCAUCUGUUCCGAUGCCAGCUUCAUCAGCAUCAUCUCAUGCUGUGUCUCGACUGCUUGUGAUGUGACUGGCCAGCAAGCUGCUCUCAGCUAUGCCAAGCAGAUCUGCGCCCCUGUCGGUGUGACCAACCUCCCUACUGCCGCAUCGUGUGCUGGAUCUGCCUCAGCCUCAUCCUCAGGCACCAGCGCUGCCGCUGUCGCUACCGCUUCUGGAAGCUCCGCUUCUUCUGCGCUCUCAUCAGCAAGCAAGACUCUGUCUUCUCUUGCUUCAUCUGCCAGUUCCAUCGCUUCGUCGUCGUCAAAGAGCGCAAGUAGUGCUGCAGCCUCUAUGAGCUCUUCUGCUAGCUCGGCAGCCAGCUCUUCGGCAAGCUCUGCUUCUCGCUCGGCAAGCAGUGCUGCCGCAAGUGCAAGCUCAUCGGCCAGCUCCGCCGCGAGCCAUUCGACUAACGCUGCUGCUACCAUGGGUCCUAUGGGUAUGGCUGGAGUCGCUGCUCUUGGUGCUUUUGCCCUUCUGUAG